AUGUUCAACAAAUUCAAGAAAGCGCUAAUCCUGGCAUUCAACUGGAUUCUAUACGCUGUUGGAGAUACCAAUACCUGCCAAGUCAAUGUAACACAACCCAGGUACAAGGAAAUUGGGGAAUCCGUGAACACUGUGACCCUGACGUGCACGUUCUCUGCUCUGGGAUGCUCCUCAUCUGAGCCUCAAGCUCUAUGGUUUCGCUUUUUUACUAACAGACAUGAAGAUCUGUGUACCCCAAAAUGCACAGAUGUUCACAAGUUCAAAGUACACAUAUCGCCAAAAAAUGUUUCACUUCAGAUAAGUAGUCUGUCCACAAAUGACAGUGCUGUCUACUUCUGUGGAAUUGCAUUUUCAGAUUCAAGUUCACCCCGUUCUAAGCAAAUGGGAGGCGGGACCAUGUUAGUGAAAACAGGGGCUGAGAAGCACAGUACUGGAAGUCUUACUUUCAUGAUCAUCACCUUAUCCUUACUGCUUCCGUACAGCAUUGUGGUAUUCACAAUCCUUAUACUUCAUAAGCUAAGGCCAAAACUGCUGAAGAAAAACAGCAAAGCAGACCACAGAACAGAGAACUGUAAAAUCAGUAGCGGACGAAAAAUUUUUCAAGCAAUUGCCCAAGAACUUCAGAAGCAGAGGUAUGCUGAACAUUGCCAACAGCCUGAUCAUUUGGAAGAUGACACUGUUUAUCAGAACAGAUGA